CCGCAGCACCAAGUAUCAUUCUCACCACAAUUACACCAGACAUGGAAACACCGACCAAUCCUGUAACUGAUUUGGCUCUCACUUCAGUGACGCACGGACAUGCCACGUAUACACAGAGUAACUUGAUCACAACACCUAGCGAUUCAAGCACUACUCUGAAAGAUCCAAGCACAGCACCGAGUGAUUCAAGCACUACACUGAGAUACUUGAUCUCCACUUUGAAUGAGCCGAUCACUACAUCUGAUUACUCAAGCACUGAAUCAAGCACAGCACCGAGCGAUCGGAGUAGUCAUAGUGGUUCACAGAGUGAUUUGAGCACUAAGUCGCAUGAUUCUAGCACCACUCAAAGUGAUUUAAACACUCCUCCAAGUGAUUUAAUCUCGACACCACAUUUUGUGAGCACUGCACCAAGUGAUUACCUGAGCACAACUAUCGAUUUUACCAACACCCCAAGCCAUCCAAGCUCUACACUCAUUGACGCUGACACCACACUGUUUGACUAUUCAUUUUCGCUUACUAGCAUUAUCACAUAUACACCAACCAUUUCCAGUACCACUGCACUUAGCACCAGUUCUACACCAAGUACAAAAAGCCAAUUUUCAGCUAUUUCUACGGUAUCAAACGUGACAACAGCAGGGCCGGACCCAACGACAACUAAAUCCGACCCAACGACGGCGGCCUCGCCAUCUUCUUGUUCUAGUAUUGCAUGCAAUAAUGGAGGAACGAUAGAUCGAGAUGAUUGCACUUGUGCUUGUACCGGAGGAUUUCAAGGCGACGAUUGCUCAACUCCACAAGCAGAAAUCCGGAUUUCUAUCGUGAUUUUGAUCAACGUCGACAUGAUUACCUGGUUGCAGAUUCAGGACAUUCUACUUGAUGCCAUCGCCCAGGUUACUUCAGAUUACUGUAACACCAACUUCGGCCAGUGUUGUCCAAAUUACGGAGAAAAAGCAACGUCUGGUCGGAUAAAUUUUGCAUCAGCUAACGACGUUAAGAUCGUGAGUGGAUAUCCAAUAGAGAGCAAUGUCGGUUCCGGUUUGGCGACCGAGACCGCCGUCUACAUCGAACCGACUUCUAUGACGUCAUCAUGCGAGGAAGGAAGCAGUAGAAGUGCACCUGACUCAGAUACCAUGAUAUACAUACCCCAGGAUGUCGUUCUCGCCGCCAUCAAUGACAACCUCGACGUCAUCGAAUCCCAGCUUGGUGUGUCGAUCAGCAAUGUCACUCUCGGCAUGGUUGACGACGUACAACCAGAGGAAACGUCUCCCGGUCUGAACACGGCAUGGAUCGUUGGUAUAUGCCUGCUGACUGUGAUACCGCUUAUCAUGGUUGCCAUCUGUCUCCUUGCGCUAAAGAUGAAAAUCUACCAAAACCAGAGAUGGUGGCAAUGGCAUCAGAGACAAGUUCGUUCUACGAGAGUCGAACCCAUAGUACAACCUUUGGAUCAGCGCUUUACCUGGAAACAGGAAAUCGAUGGGAAUCCCGAUAUCUACAUCCUGAGAAAUUUCUAGAAUGAUUUUUUUUAUCCUAUGGCAGUGACCUGCUUCUGUGUAACACCGUCCAGGAACCUGUUAAAUGAAACCUUGCAAUUGAAUGCAAUUCAAAAUAUCAAAACUUGACUUUCAACCAAUGGGGAGCAUGCAUUCAUGGCUUGUUUGUUUUGUGUGUUUUAGUUGCGUUUGAAUGUAAGGUUUUAGUCAAUAGGCCAAAGCUCCUAUACGAAGCUAACUAUCUACACCUUGUUUAAUAAUACACCAUUAAUCAACGGGCAUUUUUAUUAUGGUGGAAUAUUUAGCAUAUUGGAUGUAUGAUUAAUUUAUGAGAAAUAUUGUCAUUUAAAGAAUAUCAUUGUAAGACUUGUGUUAUGACAAAGUUGUAUUUAUAUGUUCUGCAAUAAUUAUGUAAAGAAAGAUAUUGAUAUAUUUAUAGUUUUAGAAAAUAAUCUUAUCUAAAUUGAUGCCAUAGAUGUGUGAAUAUAUAAACUAUGUGUACAGAGAGAAGAAUGUGUAUGUGUGCAUUGUAUUACUGAAGAUUAUAAAUUGAUAUUAUUAUAUAUAAAAAAAUAUAAGUUGAACUUGAAAUGUAAGCAUUUGAAGAAUUAUGAUAAUGUACGAAAAAUAUUCAUUGUAUCUGACCUGCGAUAUGUAUAAUUUAUUAUUGAUAUACAGUAUAUAUAUGUAGCUUGUGAAAUUAUUUUUUCAAAGUUAAAUAAUUCGUUUCAACUUCUUUCAUACUCUUAUCUUUUAUCUAUGUAUCAUAAAAGAGACUGUAAAUGAAAUUUUUCAUUAACGGUGUUCAGUUUUCCUCAAAUGAGUAAGUAUAUUUUACUGUACUUUGAUUUUGAUAUUUUAAAGCAAGUGAGUCAUGUUUUUAGAUUAUUUAUUCAUUGUGACCCAAAAUGUGAUUAGAUUAACCAAAUCUUAGUUUUAGUUUUUGAGGUUGACAGUAAUAUAUUUUCAUACGAUUAACUAAGAAAAAAGAUUUAUAAAAUUAUGAUGAUGUUUAAUACAUUUUUCGUAGUAUAAGUCGUAUCAAGCAAAAGUCGAUUCAAUAGGUUGAGGGUUUUGCAUUUUCAUAGAAUGAAAAUUCACAUGAAUGUAAUUGGUAUACAUGACAAAAAAUAAUUGGUUAUGUAUGAUAAUCAUGAUGAAGCCAGUAAUAAUCAUUAAAAAAUUACCUUGGACCUAAUUAGACCUUAGCUCGUUCCAUCCACAUGUGGACAUUGAUCUUUAAGGGUCCGCCACUGGCGUCGAUCCUGGGCGAUGAGGACUGCUUCGUUCCAAGUUGUGUCCCGAUCAGUAAGAUCUCUUUUAAUUGUUCUCUACCAUGUUAGAUGUGGUCUCCCUCUUUUCCUUUUCCCUCCUCCUGGUUUCCAUGUAACAGCCGUCCUGACUAUGCUGCUUUCUGGUAUCCUUAGGACGUGACCAAGCCAUAUCAGCCUUCGUUUUGCAAUUAUUGGGCUGAGUAACUUUUGGGUUUCUUUGGUUCCUUACAUCUUCAUUUGUAAUGUGUUCCCUCCAUGAGAUAUUUAAGAUCCUUCGUAAACAAUUGUGAUGGAAAGCAUCUAGCCUUUGUCUGUCUCUUACCGUCAUUUCCCAGAUUUUACUGGCAUAAAGGAUGAUUGAAAAGAUGGUAGCUUCAUACACCCUCACAACAAUUUUUUUAUUUUUAAGACACGAUAAGAUAACUAAUUUUCUUUUGGGAUCCAAUGAUUAAUUCAAAUGUUAAAUUUGUAAAUCUUACCAAUCAGAGUCGUGAUUUCCACUUUUAUUUAUUCUUAGAAUAUUAAAUCGUCUUAGGCCUUUAAGGAUGUGCCUAGGUUGUAUACAUUAAUUUAAGGAGAUUAAAUAUUACCUACUUUUCAAUUUUUCUUUGGGGCGCAAUUUAUAGCUAUGUCUCUUUUCGGCUAGCAGUGAAAUAGUUUACACAUGCAAUAAUUUGAUAGAAAACAAUUUGAAUAUUGCAGACUGCAAUCAAGCGAAAUACCGUAUUUAUCACAACAUGAACCUUACAUUUAACACCGUUAUCUAUCUUUCACAUAAAACCAACUUAAUUCAAAUGUAGAAUACUUACUCUUGAUGUCACAAUACAAAGGAAAGCAAUAUUUUGAGCUGUGGAGUCAUGUAAAAAAUAACAAUAUCGUGAUUUGUAUUAAAAAUAAAUGUAUUGCAUUUCAAAUUGCAUAUUUAACAAUUUAGAAAUGACGAAUAAACUAUAAGUAGUAUAUUUGACAGUAAUUUGUGCACUUUCAAGUCUUACUAUAAUUUUUUUUUUAGGUUUUGUGUAAUUAAAGCGAAGUUAUCACUAAGAAAAAUUCCACCAAGUCUUUCAAUGAAAUUAUUAAACAAGUUUUCAUUCUCAUUAAUAUAGUUAUUUAGCCUUUUCAUAGGUAGCAUGGAUACUGCACGUUGGUAGGAAUAGUAUAACAAUAACCGGUUAUAAGUGCCAUUGGUCUACACCUGCUUUGUUUCCACAUGCUCUGAUCCUAGUUCGUCUACUAAACAUUUGGUCUAAUUGCCAUUUAGUCCAUUUAUCAUUUCGUCUAAUGUCCAGCUAGGCUAAAUGCACAGUUACCAUGAUGGUGACACGAAAGUUGCUCCUGCGACAUUUGCUCCGGUAUUAAUAACUCAGAGAGCAUAGGAUUAAGAGUUAGGAUUGUAAUAGAGUUUUUGGUUCGGAAUAAUGUAAGAAUAAGGAUUAGGGGUUUAUUUAGUUUUUGAGGUUAUGUUUGGCUUACCGUGCAGAUUUUCCAUCGGAGCAAUUUUCACCGGAGCAAAUGUCAUGCCGGAUGUCAUGGUACCCGUAUGAUAUCCACCUUUCCUGGUCUAUCACCACUUAUUCUAUAUGAUUAAAAUUAAUGAACUGUUUAUAAAUCAAGUUUUCUUUUGAAAAGUGAGAAAUGAUUUUAAGAUGAAUUGGAAAUUCGACCAUCUGAGCAUUAGACUAAAUGAACAGUAGACUAAAUGGAUAUUAGACCAAAUGAAGUGCAGAUCAAACAGCAAUUAGAUCGAAUUGAUAGUAGACUAAAUGAGUGGUAUUCUGAUAGCCAUGGUUUAUAACUUAGACCACACUUUUAUGGAGUGCCAUUUGUCAAGUUAUUCACCGAUUAAAACUUGUUCUUAUCGAUCAUGCUGC